AUGAUGGAAAGGGAGCAGUUCACGCCUUAUUCUAUGGGGCAGCCAGCCGUUGCUCCUAUAGCACCACGGCCACCACCUCCUCCUCAAGCUACCGUAAUCUAUACGGAUAUUCCGCCCGGGACGGAAAUCGUAGAGGGCGAAAUCGAAUGCACCCCCUACAUGUGCACAAAUCGCAUCCAAUUACUUCGUUGGUUCCAGCUGGCAGCUCUAUUCACCCUUCAAUGGCUCGUCCAAAUCGUUUGCGGCAACGACGCGUGCACGAUGAUUAUGAACGUUUUUGGGUAUAUCGCUCUUGGGCAGGCGUUUGUGCUGAUCAUUUUUCUCUGGAUGGCCGUUCUUUUGGUUCCUAUAAUGUGCCUCUACGCUAUGAAUGGCCAUCGAUGGAUACCAGGAGUCAUGAAUGGAUUGGAAAAAGUCUACGCAUUUUCCGGAAUCGCCCUGUUUCCAAUUGCCGGAAUCCUUGGUGCCUGGAUGGCCGCACUGACCGUUAAUGAGGAAUAUAACUACCAAGGACGUGGCUACGCGCAUAUUCGACCUCAAUGGAUUGCGGCUGCCGUCAUUGAAUUCUUGAUGGUUCCGAUCUACGUCAUCGAUCUAUUGUGGCAAAGAAGAGAGCAUUUCCCAUUCUCGGUGAAGGAUUACAGCAAGGUGACGCAACGACCGGCCGAUUCGAUAAAUCCAAAUCCGCCACGAUAUGACUACGACCCGAACCGUUAUAAUGACUAUUUG